GUAAAUACGCGAACGAAGCCGAACGUCGCAACUUGCAAGAGGCGCCCAACUGUCAAACGAAACUUUUUAACAAUUUGUAACUUUUUCCGUCUUUCCUUACCUUCCAAAACUAAGUAAAAAGUGCUCAAAAACUAAGUGAAGUAUUAUUUCUAGAGUAAGAAUGUGUUCUAUGUGAUUUAUUUACGUGAUUAACAAAAUUAUAACGUUAGUAAAUUGAGUGACUGUUUUUAGACUUAUCACCUAUUUUGGAUUUUAAGUAGAAGGAGAAAGGAUCUUCGCCCGGCAUAAGUGUUGCCAACCUAAUGUUGUAUCAUAAGUGACGAGACGAUGCAGCGACAACUCAGCAACGUCAGCUUCCACUCGUAUCAGGACUACCAACCUGCCAGAAGAUACGGGCCGCAGUAUGAGCCCGGGGGGUACGCGACCGUGGUGCAGCAGCGUACCAACAUGACGCAGCGCGAGGACGCGCUCAAGUUCGAGCAGGGCCGCAUCAAGGCGCUGCAGGAGGAGCGACUGCACAUACAGAAGAAGACCUUCACGAAAUGGAUCAACUCCUUUCUGCAGAAGGCCCGCAUGGAGGUGGAGGACCUGUUCGUGGACCUGGCGGACGGGCGGCGGCUGCUGAAGCUGCUCGAGAUCAUCAGCGGCGAGCGGCUGCCGCGCCCCAACACGGGGCGCAUGCGCGUGCACAAGAUCGAAAACGUUAACAAGAGUCUCAGCUUCCUGCACACCAAGGUCCGCUUGGAGUCUAUAGGAGCCGAGGACAUCGUGGACGGCAACCCGCGCCUCAUCCUCGGUCUCAUCUGGACCAUCAUCCUGCGCUUCCAGAUCCAGGAGAUCGAGAUCGAUGUCGACGAAGAGAACGUGUCGUCGGAGAAGAAGUCCGCGAAGGACGCGCUGCUGCUGUGGUGCCAGCGCAAGACGAGCGGCUACCACGGCGUGCACAUACACAACUUCACCGACUCGUGGCGCUCCGGCCUCGGGUUCAACGCGCUCAUACACGCGCACAGACCGGACCUGUUCCGCUGGCACGAGGUGCCCGCCACCGACCACGUGGAGACCCUCAACCAUGCCUUCGACAUGGCGCACAAGCACCUCGGCAUCCCGCGCCUGCUCGACGCUGAGGACGUGGACACGAGCCGCCCCGACGAGAAGUCGGUGAUGACGUACGUGGCGAGCUACUACCACACCUUCGCACGCAUGAAGAACGAACAGAAGAGCGGCCGCAGGAUCGCCAACAUCAUCGGUCAAAUGAUGGACUGCGACGGGCGCAAGGGCGAGUACAGCCGGCUGGUGACGGCGCUGCUGGAGUGGAUCCGGCUGAAGAUCGAGGAGCUCAACGGCCGCGACCUGCCCAACUCGCUCGACGGCAUCCAGCGGCUGCUGCUCGCCUUCAAGCAGUACAGGACCGUCGAGAAACCACCCAAAUACAAGGAGCGCUCCGAGAUCGAGGCGCUGUACUUCGACAUCAACACGAUGCAGAAGAGUCUGGUGGGCGAGCCGUGGGCGCCGCUCGAGGGCCAGCUGCCGCAGGACCUGGAGCGCGCCUGGCAACAGCUCGAACAGGCGGAACACGCGCGGGAGAUAGCUCUCAGAACCGAGCUCCUGCGACAACAGAGACUCGAACAACUCAACUACAAGUUCAACACCAAGUCGGUGCUCCGCAAGGGGUACCUGAAGGAGAUGAUCCAGGUGCUGUCGGACCCGCGCUACGGCUCCAACCUGGCGCAGGUGGACGCCACAGUCAAGAAGCACGAAGCCAUCUCCGCGGACAUCCUCGCCAGGACGGAGCGGUUCGAGGACCUGUCGGCGAUGGCGGCGGAGCUGGUGCGCGAGGGGUACCACGGCGCGGAGGCGGUGUCGCGCACGGAGCAGGCGGUGCUGCAGCGCUGGCGCGAGCUGCUGGAGCUGCUGGAGCGGCAUCGCGCGUCGCUGGCGCGCCUCGCCAAGCUCAUGGCGCUGCUGCGCGAGGCCGACGCCGUGCGACACACGCUCGGGGACAUGAAGGCACAAUUCCAAUCGGAAGAGGUGGGUCGUCACCUGGUGGACGUGGAGCGGCUGCUGCAGGCGCAUGCGCUGCAGGAGCUGCAGCUCGGCGCCCUGGACGAGAGCAUCCGUCGCCUCGUGCGGCUCGGUGCCGCCGCCGACGGGCCCGCGCAGCCGGUCAAGCAGCUCGCCCAGCAGCUCGCGCAUCUGCAGGACGCGUACGACAGCCUGCUCGCCGCCGCCAAGGACCGCAAGGCACGCCUAGAGGACGCCAGGAACCUGUUCCAGUUCUUGGAAGAUCAUGACGAGGAAGAAGGCUGGGUGACGGACAAGCAGCGUAUCUGCCGCGCGGACGUGGCGGCAAAGGAUCUGCGCGGAGUGCUGGCGCUGCGGCAGAAACACGCCGCGCUGCUCACAGAGCUGCGUGCGCGUGAGCACGUCUCGCAGCGACACCGCGCCAAGGGGCAGAGCCUGAUAGACGCGAAGCAUCCGAAGAGCGCCGAGAUCGAGCGGCGCCUGACGUCGCUGAGCAAGCAGUGGGAGGUGCUGCGCGAGCUCGCCGCCGCGCGAGAGAAACAACUCGCCGACGCCGCCGAGGCGCACCAGUUCUACGGCGACGCGAACGAGUCGGAGUCGUGGAUAAAGGAGAAGCGCGCGCUGGUGGCGACGGAGGACUGCGGGCGCGACGCGCCGGGCGCGGGCGCGCUGCUGGCGCGGCACCGCGCGCUGCACGAGCAGGUGCGCGCCUACCGCCCCGAGCUGGCCGCGCUCGCCGCCGCCGCCGACCGCCUGCGCGCCGCCGGCAUACACACGCUGCAGUUGCCAACGGAGGUGGAGUCGUCCCCCGCCAUCGAGGAGGAGGAGUGGGUGAACGAGUCGCGGCUGGUGCCCACCGAGGUGUGGGAGGAGGAGCCCGUCGAGAGACUCGAGCACAGGACCGUCACCGAGGAGAGACAAGUGCCGCAGGUGAAAGCGCUAUACGCGUUCACUGGUCAAGGCAUCUCGAUGGCGAAGGGCGAGGUAAUGUUCCUGAUCAACAAGACGAACCCGGACUGGUGGUCGGUGCGCAAGGCCGACCGCACCGACGGCUUCGUGCCCGCCAACUACGUGCGCGAGAUAGAGCCCAGGAUCGUGCCUGUGCAAGUGCGUCGUCCGGAGAAGGUGCGCACGACGCAGCGCGUGAAGAAGACGGUGCUGGUGAAGCAGGUGGUGCCGGUGCGGCGCAGCAAGCCCGCCGCCAGCGCCGCCGCCGCCGCCGCCGCGCGCCGCGCCUCCCGCGCCACGCUCCCCGCGCCGCGCGCGCUCAGCGUCGACACCCGGAUCACCGAGAUACAGAACGACUACGACGAACUGCUAACGCUGUCGGAGGCUCGCCGUGCUCAACUCGAGGACGCCAUCAAACUGUACAGCUUCUUCGCGGAGUGUGACGACUUCGACAAAUGGAUGAAGGACAAGGAGAAGAUGCUGCGCACCGACGACACCGACGACAGCGUCGACACCGCCAAGAGGAAGUACGAGAAAUUCGUGACGGAUCUGUCGGCGGCAUCGAAGCGUCUGGAACACAUCGACGCAGCCGCGGAAGAGCUAGUAGCCGCCAAGCACCGCGAAGCAGCGAAAGCGACCGCGCGUCGGCAGCAGCUGCGCCAGCAGUGGGACAAGCUGCUGCGCCUCAAGCAGCAGAAGGAGAAGAGCCUGGAGGGCGCGUCGAGCGUGGAGCUGUUCGGGCGCACGUGCGACGAGGCGCUGGACUGGAUGGCGGAGAAGGAGCAGCAGCUGGCGGGCGGCAGCGACCCCGCCGCCGACCUGCGCACCGUGCGCGCGCUGCAGCGCCGCCACGCGCAGCUCGAGCGCGAGCUGGAGCCGCUGCGGGAGAAGGUCAACACCGUCAGCCUGCUCGCCGACUCCGUGAAGUCGCAGUACCCGUCGGAGCGCGCCAACGUGGAGGGUCGGCAGCGCGAGAUCAGCACGAUGUGGGAGCGCUGCCAGGCGCAGGCCGCCGAGCGCCGCAGCCGCCUCGAGAGCGCCGUCGGACACCAGAUCUUCGGCAACAGCAGCGCGCAGCUCACCGCCUGGCUCGGGAAAACGCGCGAGCAGAUGUCGCAGGACGCGACCGCGAAGGACGUGGCGACGGCCGAGGCGCUCCUGAAGCAGCACCAGGAGCUCAAGGACGACAUCAAGGCGCACGACGACGAGUUCAAAGAGGUGAUAGGUCUCGGCAAGCAGCUGCUGGCGACCAACCCGUCGCUCACCGACGUCGCCGACAAGAUCAAGAACCUGGAGGCGGAACAGAAGGCCAUCAAUGACGAGUGGAAGGCGAAGGAGUCGUACCUGCAGCUGUUGGUGCAGCUGCAGAGCUUCAACCGCGAGGCGGACCAGAUCGACGCCUCCACCGGCGCGCACGAGGCCUACCUCGAGUACACGGAGUUCGGGUCGUCGGUGGACGAGGCGGAGGCGCUGGUGAAGCGGCACGAGGAGCUGGAGGCGCGGCUCGCGGCGCAGGACGAGCGCCUCGCCGCCUUCAGCCGCCGCGCGCAGGCGCUGCAGCGAGAUAACCACUACGCGAAGGACCGUAUUGGCAAGCGUCGCGACGCGGUGGUCGGUCGCCGCGACGCCGUGCGCCACGCCGCCGCCGAGCGACGCCGCGCGCUGCUCGCUAGUCUGGCCUACCAACAGUUCGUUGCCGCUACUGAGGAGCUUCAGGCCUGGAUUUAUGACAAGACUCGCACCGCUAAGGAUCAGAGCUACAGGGACCUGUCGAACCUGGAGCGCAAGCUGCAGAAGCACGAGGCGUUCGAGCGCGAGCUGCAAGCCAACGAGAAGCAGCUCCGGAACGUCGAGAGCAUCGGUCAGUCGCUCCAGAAGUCGGACCCUGCUCGCGCCACUGAAGUGUCGGAGAGGUUGGACUCGCUGCACACCGCAUGGGAGGGACUCGUGGCUGCCUCCCGCGACAAGGGCAGCAAGUUGCGCCAAGCCGCGCAACAACGGCAACAUAAGAGAUCUGUGGAGGACGCUAAAGCCCGUCUGAUGGACCUGGAGCGGUCCCUCAAGAGCGAGGAGGUCGGCACCGACCUGCGCAGCUGCAAGAGACUGCUCAACCAACACCAGGCGCUGGAGCAGGAGCUGAGCCAGUGGGAGCAGAAGGGCGGCCUGCUGGCAGCGCAGGGCGCGGACCUGGUGUCGGCGGGACACUUCGACGGGCCCGCCGUGCAGCGCGACUCCGCCACCGUGCUGGCCGCGCUGGCGCCGCUGCGCGAGCACGCCGCCACCCGCCGCCGCGCGCUCGACGCCAGCAUGCAACUGCACAAGUUCGCGGCGGAGGUGUCGGGCGAGCUGGACUGGCUGUCGGAGCGGCGCGGCGCGCGCGCGGACGCGGCGCCCGGCGACCUGCACGCGGCGCAGUCCGCGCUCAAGAAGCACAACAAGCUGCGCGCCGAGCUCGCCGGCCGCCGCCCGCUCGUGCAGCGCCUGCUGCAACAGGGACAGACGCUGCAGGAGGAGAGACACCCGCAGGCGGAUAAGAUCAAGCAACUGUGCGAGCAGCUGGAGCAGGCGUACGAAGAAGUAUCGAGUGCAGCGGAAGAGCGCGCCACCCAGCUGGAGGCGGCGCUGAAGGCGCAGCAGUUCCUGCACGACGCGCUGGAGGUGGACUCGUGGCUCGCCGACAAAGCCGCCGCGCUCUCCACGCCCGACGUGGGCCGCGACCGGCACCGCGCCACGCAGCUGCUGACCAGACACAAGGCGGUGGAACUAGAGUUGGACACGUACGCGGCGAUCAUCGCGGAGAUGGGCCACGUUGCGACGUCGAUGAACAACAGCGGACACCCCGAGGGCUCGGUGCUGGUGGCGCGCCACGGCAUGCUCGCCGACAGCCUCGCGCGCCUGCAGCGACUUGCCGCGCAGCGACAGAAGGCACUCGUCGAGAGCGUCUGCAGACACGAAUACCUAGCGGAGAGCGCCGAGCUGGAGAGCUGGAUCCAAGAGCAAUACGCGGCUGCCUCCAGCGAGGACUACGGACAAGAUUACGAGCAUCUGCUGAUCCUGCGUCAGAAGUUCGAGGAGUUGCGGCACCGCGUGGAGAGCGGCGCCGAGCGGUUCAACCAGUGCGAGGAGCUCGCCAAGAAGCUGCUCGCCACCGAGAGCCCCUACAUCGCCGACAUUGAGAAACGACAGGAAGCGCUCGGCGAAUCCUGGCAACGCCUAGUAGAGCAGAUACAGUCGCGCGCGUCGCGUCUGCACGCGGCCGGCGAGAUCCAUCGCUUCCACCGCGACGUGGGCGAGCUGAUCUCCCGCGCGGCCGACAAGCGCGCCGCCCUCGCCGUGCCGCCCGCCCCGAGGGACCUGCGCGCCGCCACCAAGCUGCUGCGCGACCACGACACCAUACAGAACGACCUGGUCGCCAUCGACGCGCAGAUGCAGGUGUUGCAGGAGGAGGGCGCCCGCCUCCAGAAACUGUACCCCGGCGGGAACGUGCAGCAGAUCGGCAUGCAACAGCAGGCGCUGACGGACGCGUGGGCCAUGUUGAAGCAAGCUGCCGAGGAGAGAAGGAAUGUGCUCCAACAACAUCUGGAGUUACACCAAUUCCUGACGCAGGUGCGCGACCUGUCGUCGUGGUGCUCGUCGCACCGCGCGGGGCUGUCGCGUGCGCUGCGCGUGCGCGAGGCGGGCGCGCUGGGCGGCGCGCAGACGGCGCGCGCGGAGCACCUGGCGCUGCGCGCGGAGCUCGACGCGCGCGACCACGACAUCCACCAGGCGCUCGCGCUCGGACAGAAGCUCGUCGCCGGAGACCAUCCCGCCGCACAGGAAAUCUCAGAGCGCUGUGAAGCACUGGCGGAGGAACGUGCCCUCCUGGAGCGCGCGUGGGCGACGAGACAAGUUGCUCUGGACCAGCUCAUCGACCUGCACUGCUUCCUGCGCGACGCCAAGCAGCUGCACGAUCUCUGCGCAUCGCAGGAGGCUGCACUAAGCACAGAAAUAUCGCCGACAAGCAGCGUGGAGGAGGUGGACAAUCAGCUGAAGAAACACGAGGCCUUCGAGAAGCUACUCGCUACCCAGGACGAGAAGUUAACCACAUUGAACAGCCACGGCGACAAGCUACUGCAGCAGAACCACGUGGAGAGCCAGCGCAUCGCCGACGAGCUGCAGACCAUCAACGAGCGGAGGAAGAAGCUGUACGAGACGGCAGCAGCGCGUCGCUCGCGGCUAGUGCGCACGCGCGCGCGCGCCCAGUUCGCACGCGACGCGGCCGAGACGCGCGGCUGGGUCGCCGACAAGCUCGUCAAGCUCACCGCCGACCAACACCAAGGUGAAGUCACCAACCUGGAAGACAAGAUCAAGAAGCUGCAGAAGCACCAGGCGUUCACGGCGGAGCUGGCGGCGAACAAGGCGCGGCUGGAGGAGGUGGCGGCGCUGGCGCAGCAGCUCAGCCCCGACGAGCAGGUGCAGCGCGAGCUCGCCGCCCUGCGCGCCGACUGGCGCCUGCUGGAGGAGGCCACGGAGCAGCGCGGCCGCGGGCUGGAGGAGGCGCAGGACAUACUCGAGUUCAACCAGCAUCUCGACAAGAUCGAGGCCUGGAUCAGAGACAAGGAGAUGAUGGUGCAAGCGCACGAGCUGGGUCGCGACUACGAGCACUGCACGGCGCUGCUGCGCAAGCUGGACGACAUGGACAGCGACAUGAAGGUGGACGACAAGCGCGUGAAGAGCAUCUGCGCGCUCGCCGACAAGCUGCUGCAGCAGGGACCCACGCAGCAGGCGGCCACCGUGGCGCAGCGCCGCGACGCCUUCCUCGGCAAGUGGCAAGCGCUCACGGGCGCGCUGCAGAAGUACCGCGACAACCUCUCCGCCGCACUGGAGAUACACGCCUUCAAUAGGGAUGUGGAGGACACAGCAGAGCGUAUUGCGAAGAAGGCAGCGAUCUUCGGCAGCGCGGAGCGCGGGCGCGAGCUCAGCGCCGCGCAGGAACUCAAGCGCAAGCACCUCGCGCGCGCCGCCGAGGCGCAGGCCGUGCUGCAGAAGAUACAGGCGCUCGAGGCGGAGGGGCGCACGCUCGCCCACAAUCACCCGGAUCACGCGAAGGAGAUCGAGGCGAGCGUGCAGAACCUGCGCGAGGGGUGGGACAAGCUGCAGCAGCUCGCCGAGAAGCGCACCGCCCUGCUCGACCAAGCCAUUGCAGAACACAAGUUCGACGAGACGCUCAAGGAACUGGAGCUGUGGGUAUCCGAGACUGUUAAACGCAUGGACGAAUCGGAGAUGCCAGAGACCGUCGCAGAAGCACAAGCACUGCUGGAACUCCAUGAUGAGAAGAAGGCGGAGAUUGACAACCGUCAAAAGGCGAUCGCAGAACUGCAGAAGGAGGCAGAGCAGGCGCAGGCGCCGGAGAAGCUCAAGAAGGUGGAGCAGCUCUCCGCCACGCUGGAGCAGGCUUGGCAGCGCAGGAAGCAAUACCUUACUCAGGCUCAUCAACUGCAAGUAUUGAAGGAGCAAGCGCAGCAGACGGAGGACUGGCUCGCCUCCAAGGAGGCGUUCCUCAACAACGACGACCUUGGAGACAACUUAGACGCCGUGGAGACGCUGAUCCGCAAGCACAGCGAGUUCGCGAAAGUGCUGGAGAGCCAGCUGCCGCGCGUGGCGGAGCUGUCGCGGCUCGCGGCCGCGGACGAGCCGCACGUGCGCAAGCGCCUCGACGCCGUGGCCGCCGCCAGGGACCGCCUGCAGGAGUCGUGCUCGCAGCGCGGCGACAUGCUGGAGCAGUCGCGGCAGCUGCACCAGUUCCUGCAGAACCUGCACCACGAGCGCGAGUGGAUCGCCGUCAAGAUGCAGGUCGCCAACGACCAGAACUACCGCGAGCUCUCCAACCUGCAGAGCAAGAUCCAGAAGCACGCCGCCUUCGAGUCCGAGCUCGCUGCCAACAAGGGCCGCAUCGACGACGUCGCCAACCACGGCGAGACACUCAUCGAAGCCCAACAUUACGCGUCCCAGGAAAUUGCGAAACACGUCGAAGAGCUCGAGAACCAGUGGAGAGAAUUACAGGCGGCGGCCAAGCUGCGGCGCGACCGCCUGCAGGAGGCGUACCAGGCGCGCGUGUACCUGCGCGGGCUCGACGACUUCACCGCCUGGCUCGACGACGUCGAGUCGCAGCUGCUCAGCGAGGACCACGGCAAGGACCUGGCGUCGGUGACGGCGCUGCUGAAGAGACACACGCGGCUGGAGCAGCAGGUGGGCAGCAAGGCCGACAUCGCCACGCAGCUCGCCGACAACGCGCGCCAGCUCGCCGACAGCCACCACUUCAUGGCGGAGGAGAUACUCGACAAGGCAGACCAUGCCGUCAAGAGGUACCGCCAACUGCAAGAGCCGAUGCAAAUCCGGCGCGACAACCUGGAAGACGCCGCUCUCCUGCACCGGUGGGAGAGGGACGCCGACGAGGAGUUCAGAUGGUUACGAGAGCGCGAGACGGCCGUGCGCCAGGAGGAGGCGGGCUCCACGCUGCAGGAGACGCAGGCGUUGCUCAAGAAACACCUCGCGCUCGAGGCGGAGCUCAUCUCCAGAGAGCCGGCGAUCAACACGGUGUGCAGCCGCGCGACGCAGCUGUGCCGGCGCGGGCACUUCGCGGCGCCGACGCUGGAGGCGCGCGCGCGCGAGCUCGGCGCGGCGCUGCGCGCGCUGCUCGACCACGCCGCCGCGCGCACCGCCGCGCUGCAGCGCCGCUGCGACCUGCUGCAGCUAGUAUCAGAGAUCGCGGAGGCGGAGAUGUGGGUGCUGGAGCGGCGGCCGGCGCUGGUGUCGAGCGACGUGGGCCGCGACGAGGACUCCGCGCUGGGCAUCGUGAAGCGGCUGGAGACGCUGCAGCGCGAGCUCACCGGUUUCGACGCCACCGUCGCCAAGCUUGACAAGAGCGUCGCCGCUAUGAUGGAGCGCUCAGCAGUGGAGGGCGAGCAAGUGAAACACAAGCUGGACGAGCUGAAGACGCUGUACGAGGACAUGAAGCUGCUCUCGGCCAAGCGGCAACAGCGGCUGCAACAGAGCCUCAAGUACUUCAAGUUCGUGCAAGAGUGCGAGGAGGUGCAGGAGUGGAUCAGCGAGCAGAUGGCGACGGCCGCCAGCGAGGAGUACGGGCUGGACGUGGAGCACGUGGAGACGCUGCAGCAGGCCUUCGACAACUUCCUUGCGCAGCUACAAGCAAACGAGGGACGCAUCGAAGCGGUCUGCGAGGCUGGCAACGUGCUUCUGGAAGAGAACACUCCGGAGGCAGACAAAGUGAAGCAGAGAAUAGACGACAUCGAGGGACUGUGGGACGACCUCAAGGAGCUGGCGCUGGCGAGACAAGAGGCGCUGGCAGGCGCGCGACAGGUGCACGAGUUCGACCGCUCAGUGGACGAGACGGCGGCGUGGAUCGCGGAGAAGGAGGGCGCGCUGGGCGCGGAGGCGGCGCCGCGGUCGCAGCACGAGCUGCGCGCCGGCGCACGCGCACUCGACGCGCUCAGGGCCGACAUCGCCGCCGUGCGCGCGCAGCACGCCAAGCUCAAGGACGAGUCACAACGGUUGGGCGAGGCGUUCCCGGACGCGAAGGAGCACGUGUCGGCCAAGCUGGAGCAGGUGACGGAGUCGCUGCAGACGCUGACGGCGCGCGCCGAGCAGGCCUCGCAGCAGCUCGAGCUCGCCGGACAGCUGCAGGCGUACUUCGGCACCUACCAGGAGUUGCUUGCGUGGUUGAACGAGACGAUAGCUCGCGUGACGGCGCCGGAGCUGGCGGCGGACGUGUCGGGCGCCGAGCGGCUCGUGGCGCGGCACCAGGAACUCAAGGUCGAGAUCGACGCCAAGGACGACGACUUCAAACAGUUCUACAGCGACGGCGAGAAGCUGGUGAGCGAGGGCCACUUCAUGUCGUCGGAGAUCGAGGAGCGCGUGUCGCUGGUGCGCGCGCGGCGCGGCGUGCUGGACGCGGCGUGGGGCUCGCGCGAGCGCAUCUACGCGCAGCACCUCGACGCGCUCGUCUUCAAGCGCGACGCCAUGGCGCUCGACAACUGGAUCACCAACAGGGUGCCGUUGGUGCGCGACGGCAAGUUCGGCGAGAGCGUGGCGCAGGUGGAGGAGCUGAUCAAGAAGCACCGCGACCUGGAGGAGACCAUCGAGGCGCAGCGAGACAAGUUCAACGCGCUCAAGAGAAUCACUCUGGUGGAGCAAGCCUUCAAGCAACAACAAGAGUUGGAGGAACAAGCCCGCAGGCGCUCAGCGGAGAGACAGGAGGCGGAGCGCCUGCAGCAGUACAGGCGGCGCGAGGUGCAGCGCAUCACCGAGGAGCGCCGCCGCGACACCGCGCCCUCGCCCGCGCCCGUGCAGCGACACAUGGAGACGUUAGAACGACAGAUGUCGGGACCUGCGCCCGCGUCGUCAGAGGAGACGUUGUCGCCGGCGCCGCAGUUCGAGCGCCUGCCUAAGAAUGAGCCGCACGUCAAACGCGCCGAGAGCAUGAGCGUGGUGAAGACGCCCAAGCGGACGCCGUCGUUCACGACGCGGCGCCGCACGCAGAGCUUCCGCCGCCACCGCCGCGGAGACGUCGCCGAGCUGCCGCCCGUGGAGAUCGAAGGUUACCUGGAGCGCAAGCAGGAGGCGGGCUGCGGCGGCAAGCGCGCCACGGUGCGCUCGUGGCGCUCGUACUACUCCGUGCUGUGCGGACAGCUGCUGUGCUUCUUCCGCGACGAGCUCGACUUCGCCAGCGCCAAGGCCGCCGCGCCGCCCGUGGCCAUCCUCAACGCGCGGUGCGAGCCGGCGGGCGACUACACGAAGCGCGCGCACGUGUUCCGGCUGUGGUGCGCGGACGGCGCGGAGUACCUGUUCGCGUGCGGCACGCGCGAGCUGAUGCGCGAGUGGGUCGCCAAGCUCGCCUUCCACGCGCAGCUGCCGCCCGAGCUGCAGCUCACGCCCUACUCCGCCGCCGACGCGCCCGACUCGCCCACCGCCGAGCUGCGCAGGCGUCUGCACGAGAACGCGUCGUCAUCGUCAUCAGCGGCGUCAUCGCCGGAGCCGCAGAAGCGCAGGACCCAGACGGAGAUCCUGCAGGAGCACAGAAUCAGUCAACAGACACAGAGAGCGUCCGCCACACCUGAGAGGAAUAUCGAAUCGACAGUGUUACCCUCGUUGCCGCCGAGACAGCCGCCGCCGCAGGACGACGACACCGCCGACGUAGUGCUCAGGAAUCAAGCGGAGCAGUCGGCGACGUCGUGGGGCCGCUCGCGGUUCUCCAACGGACGCGACAUCAACGCUGAGUUCAUCAGGUCGCAGCGGGAAGCCGCGGGUGGAGCGCCCCCGCUGCCGUCGUCCGUGCCGCCGGAGCGGCCCCCGGAGCGCGCGCCGGCGCUCCCGUCGCGGCCGCCGGCGCUGCCCGAGCGCGGGCCCAACCUGCCCGAGCGCGUGCCCAACGUGACCAACGUGCCCAACGCGCCCAACGUGCCGAGCUUGCCCGAGCGCAACAACAACCCCGACAAGCAGUCCGUCACCGCGCUCGUCAACAGCUACCAGCAGCGCAUGUCUGGCACUUGGCAGGGGAGAGACUCCAACAAGAACCACGCCUGGCAAUACGAGAAGCAGAACAACAACUACCAGAACGUGGAGACGACCUCGCACUUCUACUCGACCAGCGAGAUCGCGUACGGCGGCGGCAGCGGCAGCGGCACACGGCCCGCGUCUGUGGCCGGCAGCGGAGGCUCCCCGGCACUCGACCAGCGCCCCGCGUCCAGGUCAUCUGGGGAGUCUGAACUCUCAGUCAGCGGUGUCACUAAGGACAAGAAGGACAAGAAGGGAGUGUUCGGAGGACUGUUCAGCAGGAAGAAGAGGCCGCAGAGCCACAUGUAGGGAGACACGAGGAGGGACGCUUUCGUAUUGUUACAUUGAAAAUACAACAUUUAGAGUCGGUAAGGUCACGUAUGUAUAGUGUGGUAGUUUGGUAGAAAAACACUACCAAAUUAAAACGAAAUGUUUCAACUAAGAAUCGAAAUCGAACAGAGAUUAGAAUAAUAUGGUAUACUAGAGAUUUUGAAUUAUAAAAUUUCUACCAUACUACAUAUUAAAAAGAGGAAAAUAUGCGAAUGUUAUUUGUAUCGAAAUAGAAAAAUGGAGUCAUAAAUUCUACCACGUUAAUAUUUUUUGAGCUGGUAACUCAUUCUUUUCAUAGUUUUUCAUUUUAACAAUACUGAAGCUGUGAGCUGUGCACGGUGUUGUACACACGUGUACACUAAUUGUUAAGGAUAAGUUGUUAAAAUCGUGCCUUUAUUCAUAUUUAAUAUUUUUUUCUCCUUUUACACUUUAUUAUUAAGAAACGUAUUUAUAUUUCUUUUUUCUAUCUUUUUUAAGAUGCGGCAUUUUUAUUGAUAUUAUUAUUUCACACAAUCAUUCCUUUUUGAGACUAUUUUGUAUUUUUUUUUGAAGAAUAGUAACAUUAAAUAUUGAUCAUUUAUAAAGACGAAUAUAAUUUCGUUAGUCAUUCCAUAAGAACACUGCAACAUUCCAAUGACUGCAUUUACUGACAACAAUAUGAUAAAAAAAAUUAUAAAAAACGGUUAGACAAUAAAAAUGCUGCUGUUCAACAUUAUUCUUAGAUUAUACAUUCCUAUGGAAAUUAAUGUUUUGUCACAAAAGUUAAGUAUUGGAACGGACUUAGCGCGGAGGCUGGACGUGAGACAAUAUACACCAAAUUAAAUAUAUUUUUUUCAAAAAGGUUUAGUUUUAGCCUUUAGUUUUGUAUAGUCUACGAUAUAUUAUGAUUGCUCGACUCAUCUACCCGUAUAGACGGUUAUGAACCAUAUUAAUACUAAGCAUAAAACAUAAUUUAAUGUCGCCAAAAAAUGAUGCGUCCAUUUAUUAAAUGUAACAUUGGUAACUCGCCUCCCAACAGUCCAGUCCUUCGCCUAGCUAGAAAGUAUUACGAAGCAAUAAUUGAGACAAUAAAAGGUGGUUUUAUCUUGUUUAUUAGUAUAAGGAAACAUUCAUUCGUAUUAUAUAUUAUCAUUUAUAACGUCAUGUUGAAAAUGUAGUAACGUUGUCUUCAAUCAAAUAGCAAUAUUUUUACACACGCUAUUUAAAUAACGGUUUUUAACUACUUAAAAUAACGGCCGGUGCGAUUAAAAACCAGUUACUUUGAUACGACGUUUUCAAGAUGGAGCUACGUUAUUUAACAUUGUUAAUCGCUAGCAUAAUCUUAAGUUAAUGUUGUAUUCCAUAGUUAUUGUUUUCAGGUCGUACAUUAUUUUCAUAUGAAAAGUACUACGACCUUGUCAUUUGGAUUAAAAGUAUAUGUCUCUUACAAUAAUGCAUGAAUAAUUUAAGUUUAAUAUUGUAAUCUAACGGUACCGUUGUUGGACAUAACGUUUCAUUUUGCCGCCGAUACUUGUUAUAACGUAUAGCAAUAGCGUUUCUGUUCAUAGUUAUUGGUGUCGUUGUGACGUUCUACACCAUGGGCAAAAUGGCGGAUAUCGAAUAUUUCAAAAGUUUGUAAUUUUUUACAUUUAAAGGAAUGAUAUUAUUUAGGAAUUUGUAGUUUAGAACUUAUAGUUUUUUAUACAAAAUAAAAACUGAUAACCCAAAUUAAACAUCGUUAAAAUGGAUUCCGUCGUUGCCGUGGAUGUGUCGCUAUUCCCCUUCAGAGUACAACAAGAACCACCUCGAACAUGUCUGAUAGUUAUCGUUGAUAUUUUUAUAAGUUUAUUAAUUUGUUGAUUUUUUUCCCUCGGCGCCAAAAUGUUACGUUAUGAUUUUAUCAUUUUCAAACAUUAAACAUUCAGCCUUACUUGUUUGUGCCUUUGCAUUGUUAUAAAAUCAAUUGAUAGAAGUCAUUUUUUAAUUGGAAAUUAUGUUAAAAUUUAGUUGUGUUGAGAUUUUUGGCAAAUGCGAUAUACUCUAUUAGUCAAAUGUAAACGAUGUAUCAGUUACACGAAUAAACUUAAUAAAUAUAUUUACAUAAUA